AUGUCUGUGGAGCUUGAAGAGGCCCUGCCGCUGACGACUGCCGAGGGGGCGGCCAAGAAGGCGGCGAAGGCUGGAGGCUCGACCUCAUUGUCCCCAUCCAAGAAGAGGAAGAAUAGCAAAAAGAAGAAUCAGCCGGGCAAGUACAGCCAGCUGGUGGUGGAGACCAUCCGUCGGCUGGGCGAGCGCAACGGUUCAUCACUAGCCAAGAUCUACGCGGAGGCCAAGAAGGUGGUGUGGUUCGACCAGCAAAAUGGGCGCACCUACCUCAAGUACUCCAUCAAGGCGCUGGUGCAGAACGACACUCUGCUGCAGGUGAAGGGCACCGGCGCCAACGGCUCCUUCAAGCUCAACCGCAAGAAGCUGGAGGGUGGCGGCGGCGGCGAGCGGCGCGGAGCCCCGGCGCCCGCUUCUGCCCCGGCGCCCGCUGCGCACAAGGCCAAGAAGGCGGCCCCGGGUGCGGCCGCCCCUCGACGCGCGGACAAGAAGCCUGCCAAGGGCCCACAGCCCGAGAAGCGCUCGCACAAGAAGGGCGCCGCUUCCAAGAAGGACAAAGGCAGCAAGGCCAAGAAGGCGGCGGCCGCGGGGGGCAAGAAGGUGAAGAAAGCGGCAAAGCCCAGCGUCCCCAAAGUGCCCAAGGGCCGCAAGUGA